GCAGACGGACGAUUGAGAAGGGAGUCGUCAAAUCAGCCCAGUCUAUUAACUGUUUAACGAGCCCUUGGACCGGCACUGCGUCCUACCCUGUGGCUCGCCUUCCCUCUGCGAGGUGACCCAUGAAAAGGUCGGUCUCGCUGCGUUUGUUUUGGAUUUCGGCAGUACAAAGGCGGGUGUCCGUGGGUAUACCGCCCUGUCUCUCCACACCAUCACACUUCCUCCAGUUCGCCACCGGCUAUACCGCUGUUGUCCUGCACCUACCGCAUCGGGGUAUACCAGGAUCACUAAGCACGUAGAGCCGAAUGUACAACAUAUGUAUACACAGGGUUAUCACUACUGGGAAGCUGAGUCUCCAUAUCACGACCACGUCAAGUUUACACUUCAUUAUAUACGUGUGUUACUAAACAAACACGACACACACUGAGGAGGAGGAGGAUUUGUUCCACUGAUCUACACCGCCGCCACCUAAUUGGAUGACAUGGCGAAGUAUUGACACAGCUUCAGCGCGACUGGAUUAUAACAUCAAAUGUGUUAUUGGGAUGACUAUCGCCACCGAAAACAACCUGGCUGAUUUGUUCUUCUACCUGCCCGAGGCUAUGUUGUGUUACUGUGUCGCGUCCUCUGUAGGCCCUCCUCUGUAGCCGUGUGAGAUCCUGGGUCAGGUUAGGGGUCAGCCAGCCCGGGAGAGGGGCAGUACUGCUGUGUAGCAGGCAGGGGACAGACGUGGAGAUUCAAGCAGCUCUGUCUCUUUAGCUUGUAGCAUCACUCUCAUUGACCCAAUCAACAUUUCCAAUCAGAGACAGGCCUUGGAAUGAUGCAAACCUUUCAUUUAAUUAUUCAAAGGAAUUUGGAUCGAUGUGCAUACAGCAGCUUUACCUUCAUUCGCCCGGCGUGCAGCAGAUCAGGCGUGUCCCAGUCUACCUAGCCGUAUAUUGUCUCCGCGUUCAUUAUUCACGGUGAACAGAAUAUGCUCGUCUGCUGUCGAGCUCGGACAGAGAGCCACCUGGAUGUAAGACUUCUGUAAGAUUUGCAUGUGACAGAGAGCCACCUGGACGUAAUCUGUAAGAUUUGCUGGUGACAAAGACCCAACACAGAUUGCUGUGAGAUCUGCCGGUGACAUUUUUCCGGUGUGUCGGUGACCACGAACGAAACCGUGGCAGACCCUGCACGCAUCGUGAGCCUGCAUGGCAGCCGUCUGACCCGAGGGUCCUGAUUCUACGAAUAUUCGUUGUGACAUGUGACGGUUACUACAACUCUGUCAGCCGGUACACGGAUUAUAGCUAUGAACUAUGGCACAUGAGGUUUCGGAAGACAAGAAACACAGGUGAUACAUCUGCAAGCAAGGUUUGCGAGUAUAACCAAGGAGGCAAGAUUCAUUUGAGGAGACGGACCCGCAGGUGUGCUGAGGAGGUAAAGUCAUAGUAGGGCGACAGAAAGGUGACUGCAAGAGUUAGAAUUGGUAUAAUGGAGAAUUAGAACCACCAGUGAACGGAACCAGUGCCGAGGCUGAAGACCUCUGGUGACAGCAGUAAAAGAAGCUCAUACCGACAGGGAAGCGGUUCCUACAUCGUACUGACAGGGAAAGCGGUUCCUACAUCGUACCGACAGGGAAAGCGGUUCCUACAUCGUACCGACAGGGAAAGCGGUUCCUACAUCGUACCGAUAGGGAAAGCAGUUCCUACAUCGUACCGAAGGAGAAAUAAACCAAUAGCUAGUGGACUGAAGGGAGCCAGUACUGGUACCAUAAGGGGUGAUAACCGUGCCACAUAGCAGUAAGACCGGCAGUCAUAAUCUACACGGAUCCAUGGCGGUUUCCCUCGGAGUUGGAACCGUUCCUGCAAGAGGAUCGCAGUAAUCGACUGCCAUGUUGACGGUAUGUCGUUGUGACCUCCCAGUAAUUAGUGCAGUGUAUUGGUGCACGAGGCAGCAUCGUCUCACGUGACUGACAGGUAGGUGUAAUUGCCCAGGUGUUACUGCUAGCAGUGUGUGACCGCCACGCCUGGUUGGAUGGGAUACCUACUACAAUAAUAUACUACAACAAAGACUGUUUGCUUACAAUGACAUGCCAUGGCCACGACUCAGUGAUUUCUGUCUCUUUGUAACGAUCGAUGUAUCGACCACAGAAGCGUGUUUAACAGUGCAGUUACUACUGGAACGUUAACAACAUCAUAGCUCCCGGCAACUUGACAAGACUUCAAAUCUUCAGCCUCUGAUGUUACAGGAACGUACAUGUGAUUCAGAACGUCGCUGUUAACGUUCCGCCCGGUACCGCUGACGUCCACGAUGGACAGCUAUCCUUUGUGCACGAAUAUGAUGCAGCUAUAUGUGAGCUGUAUCUGAUCCCUAUUCAGUGACGUUAAUUCCUAUACGUUGACUGUAUAAUGGGCUUGUGGAAGAAUCUCCUCCACGGCCGACACGGCAGCCAGCCAGCUAAAGCUGAUCGGCCCACACUUAUCACAAACCCCGAACUGUCCGUGAGGUAUCACGGGGGUGUGGCCCGUAGCGACACAACGUCCUACGUCUCUAUCGCCGCCAACAGUGACGACGAAUCUGGCGGAGAGACCGACAACACGUAUGCAUCGAUCAAGUCCUGGGCGUUAUCGGACCAAGUCCAGCCCCCAGACUCUGUUCAUGAUUCCAGUUCGGGGAUUGCGUCAGACGUUGCGAGCUACAACUACCCACCCGCAACGAUGACGACUUUCAAGGGCGAGUCCAGCUCCUCUCAGGAUUCUGGCACAAAGAGUGUGACGUGGGCUCGCCUACCUGGAGAGGCCAAGACUUCCAAUAAUUACGUUCAGAUGCACAUGCGCCAAUCAAGGUCUUGCUACAAGAACUCUGUGUACGACCCACGGAUCAUUGAGUCCAUGGAAUCAGUGAUGUCCAGUAUGAAACAAGUAGAAUUAAAGGACACAAGUAGGUUGCUGUCCUCAACAUCGACAAAAGGGAAAUAUGUCCGUCCAGCACCAUUCGAACUCCUUACAGACGAUAUCAUGCUCCGAAUUCUACUUAACCUUCCUACAGACCAUGUGUGUCGCGUGAGGCGUGUUUGCAAGCGCUGGUACAGACUGAUCUGGGAAUACCCUCUCCUGUGGACAAGUAUAGUCAUAAACAAUGAAACCAUUAAUAUUGAUAAGGCUUUAAAGUAUCUCACAAGGCGUCUCAGUUACAAUACGCCCAAGGUCUGUGUGAUUCUGGAACGGAUCAUUCUGAAUGGCUGUGAACAGUUAACGGAUAAAGGACUCCAUACUAUUGCAAGACGGUGCCCUGAGCUGCGAUACCUUGAGCUACAAGGCUGCUCAAACAUCACCAAUGUCGCCCUGUUUGAACUCGUGUCCAACUGCGUCAACCUGGAACACCUUGAUGUGACAGGCUGCGCCCUGGUGACCUGCAUCAGCCUGACAGAUGGUAUGUCGUCCCCACAAAUGGCCCGCCACCAGCACCAGAUAUACCUGCGUUACCUGGACAUGACAGACUGCUACGCCCUUGAAGACCAGGGCUUGGGUAUCAUCACCUCUCACUGUACGCACCUCCAGUUUCUGUACCUUCGACGAUGUGUCCACAUAUCUGACGAGGGUAUCCAACACAUUGCACGCAACUGUCCCUACUUGCGUGAGUUCAGUGUGAGUGACUGUCGGAGAGUUACUGACCUUGGUAUGCGGGAACUCUCAAAGUUAGGAGAGAAUUUAAGAUACCUUAGUGUUGCAAAGUGUGAUAGAGUGUCAGAUGUUGGUGUGUGUUACAUUGCAAAACAUUGUUUGAAGCUGCGGUAUCUGAAUGUCCGCGGAUGUGAAGCUGUGUCUGAUGAUGCAGUUGCAUUCCUGGCAGCAAACUGCCCCAGGUUACGAUCUUUAGACAUUGGGAAGUGUGAUAUAUCAGACGAUGGACUGCAGGUACUUGCAGAAAAGUGUCCUCAACUACGCAAGCUCAGUCUCAAGUCUUGUGACCUCAUAACGGACCAAGGAAUUGUGAUGAUUGCGUAUCAGUGUCGGGGCCUGCAGCAGCUCAAUAUCCAAGACUGCCACCUCAGUGUUCAAGCCUACAGGACUGUCAAGAAGUACUGCAGGCGCUGCAUCAUUGAGCACACCAACCCAUCCUUCUGCUGAGUCACAACGAUUGAGCUGUCUCUAAGCGAACAGUGUUAACAUGGUAAGAAACUUGAAGUCACAGAGAAGUCAUUCUCAUAUGUCAGUUCAAAGACAUAACAUUUCGUUUAAUGGAUAUCCCUUGAAAUUAUGUGAUCUCAGCAGUUGGAUUCAACUGUGUUCAAGCAACCAAAGCGCUUUUCCUGAAGUCUCAUACAAGGUUGGCUGUGUCCAUAUUCCACCUGUCAUCAAGGUUGUGUUCUUUCAAGACCCAGAUGUCAUCAGCUUUGUGUUCUGUCAAGACCUGUCAGAAUGGUGGGGUUGUGUCAAGACACCACUGUCAGAAUGGUGGGGUUGUGUCAAGACACCACUGUCAGAAUGCUGGGGUUGUGUCAAGACACAACUGACAGAAUGGUGGGGUUGUGUCAAGACACCACUGUAAGAAUGGUUUGGUUGUGUCAAGACACCACUGUCAGAAUGGUGGGGUUGGAUCAAGACACCACUGUCAGAAUGCUGGGGUUGUGUGAAGGGUUCCAGUCUCUUGUGUAUGAGAUAAUGGCUGUUGUACAACUCUGCUAUCAUCAAUGCUGUACAAUCAUACAAGAUUUAUAAGGUGGUAUUAUAGCCCAGAUAGCAAGGUGAUAUGAGUACCUUGCAACCAGUUCCACCAGUCUGGAUGACAUCCAUUGUGAAGGCUACAUUGUGUGCCAGUUUCAGUCCUUUGCAUCCCAUGGAGGAUAAAAAUAUGCCAGUUUUCUAUGCAGACUUGUUUAUUCCACAGGCUGCUAGCACUUUGUCUCACACGUAGAUGUGGACACCAGACAAUGGAAACAUGACUAAGAUGCAGUUCAAUCAUGGCAAUAUUCCUUGUUUGACAUUAGUACUAUAACUAUAGUAUCUACCGCCUAGCUGUUAUAGUUGUUGACAAGACUAUGGCUUCAUAGUCACUAGUAGUAUCCCUAUAGCCAGUGGUAAACCCGAGAACUUAAGCUGCUGUCAUGUUACAUGUUCUGGUACAAACACACCAGAAUGUAAUGACAACCUUAUUUGGGUAUGUACACAUUUUUACCUGGAUUGGUACAAUACUCAUAUACACAAACACAAGUCAUUAACAGGAUGUUCUUAGGAUAAACCUGGAAUCAGAUCUACCUUCUUUAUCAAACAUCUCGGGCAAGAUAAAUGACAAAUCUCCAUAAAUAUGCCCAGACUACCAUACACCUCACAUAACCCCGACAGACUACCGUACUCCUCUGACAUAACCCUGAGAGACUACCAUAUUCCUCUGACAUGGCCUUGACAGACUAACAUAUUCCUCUGACAUGGCCUUGACAGACUACCAUACUCCUUGCACAAGGCCCUGACAGACUACCAUACACCUCUGAAAUGACCCCAACAGACUACCAUACUCCUUGCACAAGGCCCUGACAGACUACCAUAUUCCUCACACAUGGCCCUGACAGACUACCAUACUCCUUGCACAAGGCCCUGACAGACUACCAUACUCCUCUGACAUGGCCUUGACAGACUACCAUACUCCUCACACAUGGCCCUGACAGACUACCAUACUCCUCACACAUGGCCCUGACAGACUACCAUACUCCUCACACAUGGCCCUCCUCACUUUACCCCAUUUCCAUGCUUCUGCAUACCUCCCAAUGAUUCAGUACUCAACAUUUGGCCCCACCAGAUUUGUUUACUCUUACAAAUAGCCUGUUAGAGACUUCCAUACUUUCAAGUGGCCAGUAUCCAACACCUGAGCAUAGCGAGUCUUGCAUCUAUGAUGUAAUUGCUAUACUAAGAAUAUGGGGCCAAAGUUGACUGUUUUAUCCACUGGGCUGCAGUCUCAAACCAAUCUCAUUAAAAUAACAAAACUCAUCUGCAUCAAGGAAACAGCAAAUCUUUUCAAACUUCACUAUGAUGGCAUUCCCUAAGACAUACACACAAAUAUACAUAGAAUGAAGGUAGCACGGUAUGGGAAGGAGCUACACAUGCCCACAGCUCCACACACUACAUGCUUCAUAUGCCAGCAGUUCUUUUCAUGACAUUUUCAGCUUAAAAUUCAAGUUAAAACUUGUCCACCAUCCUAUCUGACCACAAGUGCCUUUGUGGAUGUCAUGUGUACUUGUUGAUGUAUGUUGCAAUAUGUAACACCAUUAUGUUUCUUUAUCUGAAUGAAUUCCUAAAUUGAAUUCAUAUUUGUGUGGUAACCAUAUGGCAGUACCACACUGCGUGGAGUUGUCACAAAGUGCUGUACAUUGCCCUGUGUGAAUAAGUAUCAUGUGGCAGUGCCCUGUAUGGAGUUUGUUAUUACCAAGUGCUAAACAUUGCCAUUUGUGUGUCCGUUUCAUGUCACCAAGUGCUAAUUUUGUACAGUAUCUGUAGAGAAAUCAUAUAUCAUAUUUGUUUUCCAGAGACACAUGUUCAUGUAUAUUUGGCUGUUUAUAAACAGCAUUAUGUAUGAAUAAAUGAAAUAUAUGAGUUAAA